UGCGGAAGUGUGCGCUCUCACAUGAAAGAAGAAGCUAGCGGACGGGAUUAAACGGUAACGUUUAUGUUCAUAUUCUCUGAGCAAGCGUUCAAACAGGAUGAAGUCCAGCCAAAAUCUGCGCUGCUGUACAUGUUCCUUGGCACAAUGCACAGUGAAGGAGAGCGUUGUCACCGCCAGCUGCUAAAUUCCCGGACGAUAUAAACCUCCAGGCAGCUAUAAAGGUGUGUCGACAACAGACGGUGUACAGCAGCUCCACUGCAGGCCAGUGUGCGUGGUCAUUUGUGUGUGUGUUUAUGGUCGUGUAUGUUAAUGAGUGAGUGGCACAGCAGCUGGGGGUUGUAACGUGAUGCCAAGAUGCUGCUGUCCCUGGGAAUGCUGAUGCUGUCGGCCACGCAGAUUUACACCAUCUUCACUGUUCAGCUCUUUGCCUUCCUCAACCUGCUGCCCGUGGAGGCUGACAUUGCCGCAUACUCAUUCGACAACAAAACAGAGGCCUUCGAGGACCUGCCUGCACGGUUUGGUUAUCGGCUACCCAGCGAUGGACUGAAGGGCUUCCUGAUUGGGGCACGGCCAGAAAAUGCCUGCGAGCCCAUCGAGCCCCCUCCGAGGGACAACCUGACGGGCGCUUUCAUCGUCCUCAUCAAGCGCUUCGACUGCAACUUUGACAUCAAGGUCCUCAAUGCCCAGAAAGCCGGGUACAAGGCAGCCAUUGUUCACAAUGUGGACUCCAAUGACUUAAUCAGCAUGGGAUCCAAUGAUUUGGAUGUCAUGAAGCAGAUAGAUAUCCCCUCUGUGUUUGUGAGCGAGGAAACUGCCAACUCUCUGAAAGAAGACUUCACGUAUGACAAGGGGGGACACGUGGUCCUCAUGCCAGACUUCAGCCUGCCGCUGGAAUACUACCUGAUCCCCUUCCUCAUCAUCGUGGGAAUCUGCCUCAUCCUCAUUGUUGUUUUCAUGAUUACAAAGUUUGUUCAGGAUCGACACCGGGCUCGGAGGAGCCGUCUGCGCAAAGAUCAGCUGAAGAAACUUCCCAUCCACAAGUACAAGAAAGGGGACAACUAUGAUGUGUGCGCCAUCUGCCUGGACGAAUAUGAAGAAGGUGACAAACUCCGAGUCCUUCCGUGUUCUCAUGCCUACCACAGUAAGUGUGUGGACCCCUGGCUGACCAAAACUAAGAAGACCUGUCCGGUGUGCAAGCAGAAAGUGGUACCCUCGCACGGCGACUCCGACUCCGACUCGGAUGAAGGGGAGAGCGGCCCCGACGAGAACGAGGAGGCGUCGGAGAGCACCCCACUGCUGCGCUCCCUGGCCUCCACCAGCGCCCACUCCUUUGGCACCAUGUCAGGAGCGUCGCGCUCGGAGCAGGACCAGGAGUCCUCCGACUACGAGGACGACGAGCUGGACAGCAGCGACAGCGAGGAGGAGGUCACCGUGGAGACUGUGGUGGUGCAGAUGCAGCAGCCCUGCUCUGAAGGCCACGAGCACGACCUGCCCCGAGCUUGACUUGACUGCCGGCUGGUCGCUGAAUCCCCGCCCUCCCCGACCUCACAGCUGCAGAGACUUUCGUUGGGGGAGGCGGGGGGGGUCACGAAAACAGAUUCAUCUUUAAAGUUUUUCUGUCACUGCUUACAAGACGUUGUAAUGUAUCCUCUUUACAAGUUAAAAAACAAAUUUUAAGUUUUAUUUUUAACAUGAUUUAUGGAGAAAGUGCUGAUUUCCAACUGUGUGACAGAGCGUCAGUAGCAUAUCUUGGGGGUCGACGGCUGAUUUGACUGGAUUAGCGACAGUGACGUACAGUAGGCUUUUAUACUGUACUCUAUUUAGUCCUAAUAAAAGGAUGAUACAUGACUGGAAAAGUCCCAGACACAAGAUCACACUUGUUCAGUGAAAGUACUGUGUAUAUAUAAAAGUAUAAAUCACAAUAAGUUACUUCUUCUUUACCUUUGAUUAUCUCCUAUCCUACAUGUUCCAGACGACGAGGACGUUUCAUGACUGUACAUACAUGUCUGCGCUACACUGACACUCCUAUGCAGCACCCUUUUUGUAAAAAUGAAAGUAACAUUCAGCAAGUAUAGAAACAUUUAAAGCCACAGCAAUAUGGUUUUGCCAAUUUAUUUUCUAGCCUGAUGUACGCAGGAGCCUAGGUGCUCCUGUCUGUGUCUUGUGCCAUGGUUUAUCUGUUACAACGGUUCACACUAAGACAAACUGAAGCCAAACCAGUUUGAGAAACAAAUUCGAAAGUGAAGAAUGUGCUCUACAUGUGACGCCACGUUAAAAGCGUGGAGGGACACUCGAGUGGAAACGAUGUCCACGUUGCCUGUGGUAAACUUCUUUCAGCUGCUCCGGACCUGUCACUCCAUUUAACACAUGCAGUUAUUGGUUGAUGGGUCUUGUAAUACACAUUUAACUGACCUUAUCUCGUUUUAAUACAGUUUAUAGUAAAUAAUCUUUUGUUUUCAUAACAUGGCUUGAUUUUUUUUUUGUUCAUUAAACCUGUUGCCUUUUUCAGUUGAUGUAUUUUGUCUUGUUUGUGUUUUCCUGCUCAUGUAUGUCUCUUCUCAAUAUGAAUUCACUUCAAUAAAAUGAAAUGACACUUGA